CCAAUUCUUAGCUAAUGCUGCAAAAUUCCUGACCCCCCCCCCCCCCCCUCACCCACACCUCACCCCCCUCCCGGUCCCGCGGCUCAGUCGGGAGAUGUCGCCGAGCAGCUGAGAUAACGUCGGCUCGGGUCCUUCGGGUCGUCUUCCUCGCUCCUUCUCCUUCUGCUCAACGGGACGCUUCAUUCGCCAUUGAAGAGCUUUAUGGGAUCACAAGUUUCCUCUGAUGAGAUGAGUGCGCGCGCCGGCCAGGGCAGUGAUGAGUUGCUGGUUUCACAGGCGGUGUGGGAUUACCUGGCUGCAGCUGGGCGGCCCUGGCUCGUCGACUUCCAGCACAGGCAGGGGAUGAGUGCUGGUAUCAUCCGGCGCGGGGAGAGGGGGGGCUGCUGCGCCGUGAGGCUGCAGCCGGUCGAGGGCUCCAGGAACGGGGGAGCCGCGGCGAUGGAUGGACCCAUCUCCAGCGAGACGCGCAAAGCCUUCAUCGACUUGUGCCGCUGUGCCCGCAAAGAAAUGAGCAAACAGGAAGGGGGACCCAAGAGGAAGAGGGCCCUGCUGCCCUUGGUGGGAGUCCUGGAGCCAAACGGAGAGGGGAGCUUGCUUCAGCCUCCGGCUCCGCAGCCCCGGCGCUCCCAGAGGCAGCAGCUCAGGUUCAGGAAGCCGGCCGACGAGGAGGCCUGCGCCGCGCUCCACGAGGCCGCCCAGAGGAAGGCCACGGAAUCCGGCCUGCCUUCCCGUAGCGAGGCAGAGGACAACAGCACUUGUUCCAUCUGCAUGGGCGACGUAGUGGAGAAGACCACCUUGGAGAGGUGUGGCCAUUCGUUCUGUCGCUCCUGUCUGGAACAAGCCUUCAAGGUGAAGAAAGCGUGUCCGGUGUGCAGGCUGGUGUACGGCCAGUUGAUCGGGAACCAGCCUGCUAAUGGUACAAUGAUCGUAGAGCGGGAUUCCGAUCUGGAACUUCCUGGUUAUGAAGGACAUGGGUGCAUCUGCAUCAUCUACAGCUUCCCUCCGGGCCUACAGGCGCCAGAACAUCCGAACCCGGGUGUUCGAUACCCCGGAACAGACCGCGUGGCCUACCUCCCCGACAGCCCCGAGGGGAACCGUGUGUUGGGACUGCUGCGCCGGGCCUUUGAACAGCGCCUUAUCUUCACCAUUGGUACCUCCAUGACUACGGGCAUGCAAAAUGUCAUCACCUGGAAUGACAUUCACCACAAGACCUCAAUAUGGGGCGGCCCCCGUUGUUUUGGCUACCCAGACCCCACUUACCUGGUGCGAGUGACAGAGGAGCUCAGAGAGAAAGGCAUCACGGUGGACUGACCGCCAUCUAAAUGACUCAAGACUUUGUAGGACUUUCCCGAGUGUCCUCUGCGCAGGACAUGACUCGGUUCCAGGUUUUGCUCUGAGCCUGCUCGUCCCUUAAUGGGAGGCUGAAGACGAGGCCCUCGGCAGAACGGGCUUCUAAUGCUGCAGAAGAGCUCACCUCACUCCACAACUCGUUCCUCUGUUUGCUCAUUGGUCCUCGUUCCAGUGUUACAUGUGGAAGGAAAUACUUUGGGAACGCCGCAUUCCUGUAUUACUGGUUCCUACCGUUCGCUGUUGUCAACAGGGCAUAAAGCUAAUGCACUUACUUGAAGGAGUCAUGUUGCAAUUUGUUGUACUUAUUGUAUAUUAUUUAGAAAAUCUUAAAAGAAAGUUUGUUUAUUUCUAUUUUGAAGAUUUUUUUAAUUCACAAAUUCCUGGUUUUAUCCAGUAAGAUAUAAGAAAAUAACUUGUGUUACAUGGAAAAAUGUCACUGCUUCAACAGAAAGCAUUUCUUUUCAACCGAAACGCACUGACAGGCACUUUUGUAGGGGAGUAUUUCCUUCUUUCUUUUUCCUCAGUGAAGUCAGAGUCACGGUUCGUCUGUGUGAAAAGCUCUGAGCAAACCGGCUCAUGCAGCCAUCCUAUUCUGGUGGCAAGGAGUUGAUGUCAAUUGUUUUAAACUCUUUCUUUUUUUGCUACCCGUCUCACCUAAAAUAACCACAAUAUUAAUCUGGCUCACUUUUAACAUGCACUAGGAUGUUCCCCUGUUUUUUCAUUCAUUGGUCACUGUUUAUUUCAAGAUGCCUCCCAGGUUUUGAGCCCAUUACCUCAGUUGUUGGUAAUGAGCUCAUCUAAUUGCCAGAUUUAUGACGAUGUCAAAUAUAAAAGGGCAUAUAGACCACUUAAACCAAAUCAAAGGCACAAAGCUCUUUAAAUAUAUAUAUGCCUUUGUCCCUGUCAAACUGGGAUAUUUUCCUGCUAAUUUUGUCAUUUAAAAUAAAACACGUUAAUUUAAAUAGAUAAUCUACACUUUGAAGAAAAGGUUGCAGGAACAAUUGGUCUGAUGUGGAUUGGGGUGUUAAUCUCAAUUUUGUUGUGCCUUUCUUAUAUUCACUUUUGAUAAUUAUCAAGCAUGUUGCAAAUAAAUGGUUAGCAGUUUGUCUGUAUUUUGGUGUUCUUUCAUAGCUAAACAGCAUUAUGUUUAUAGCGGUACUAACUGGCUACUAAUACUAACUGGCUACGGUUCAUGAAAAUAUGUCUCUUAAUGUGUAUCAAAUUAACUUCUUCAUAUACAGGCUCUAUUCCAAAUGCUGAGAAACAGACUCCGCUGUGUGAAAGUGCUUUGCUAAGUGCAGUAACCUGCUCAGUGGGACAUUUGUUCUUAAUUUUACUGGUUAACUCAUCAAACACCCUUUUUUGUGUUUUCAUCGCUUUUUGUAUUUUAGUUGGGGACCAACUGAAAUAUUUCUGGGACGGAUGAUUGUAGUUCCCUAAAGCUACAGUGCAAACAUUUCUAUGCAUUACAUGUCCGAGUAAGAUUUAGGAGAACAAAUAGGAGAAAUUUAACAGGCUACAAAUUGAUUGUCGAGGGAAAAGUUGGAGUUUUGCUUUUUCUAAUUGUGUUGAUUCGUACUUUGUUGAUAUUCAGAAUAAUGUGCUUUACAUUUUAAUACUUGAAUAAAAAGUUAUGUUUGG